UCUUACUUCACCGCCUGUGUCGCCCUCACGAUGGAGUCCCCCGCGCCCCCUCCUCCUCCUGGACGAGACGACGUAGUGCCUCGGGGUUUCCUCGUCACGGCCGCAGGCGGGAGGAGAAGGGGCAGGAAGAGCUCGCGCGCCGCGCACAAACACAGCUGCGUGCUGCCUCGCGCUCGGCGCUCACGCGCAGCCUCCUCCACCGUCAUGUUUAUCGGGAUGCGGGCGGAGAACCGGAGCAGCUCGGAGGUCCUGGAUGCUGCGGCGCUGAGGCAGCAGAGGAGGUUGAAACAAGCCAUCCAGUUCCUGCACAGAGAUUCAGCCGACCUGCUGCCAUUGGAUGGGCUGAAGAAACUCGGGACAUCCAAACAGGGACAGCCGCACAACAUUCUCCAGAAGAGGCUGCUGGAGGCCAAGCUGUCCCAGGGCAGGAUCGACACACAGGGGGUGACCCCGAACAGCAGAGGGCGGCAGCCGAGCUGUUGGCGGUUUUCAAACGACGACGACACGGAAGAGGCCGAAGAAGACCUGAUCUAUGUGGCCUGUAAAUGUUUCGGAAAGGAAGUCCCAGUGCUGAUUGACACAGGCUGUAGCAUGAAUCUGAUGUCUUCAUCAACUGUGGAUAGCUUAGGACUGAAAGUGCUUGUCGAGGAGAACAAAAUGGACCCAGGUGGGUUUCCGUUUCAACGUAGACUUUGCAGUGACGGACGCAUCAGGGAGCUCAGCCUGAACAUUGGAGGACUUCGAAUAAUGUCUUCAUUUUUUAUAGUGGAGAGCACCAAGCAACUCUUAUCUCUGGGCAGCAAGACUUUAAAAUCAUUCAAGUGCGUAAUUGAUACUGAUAAGCAGAUGUUGGUGUUUGGGACGACCACAAGGGAGCAAGUUGAAUUUGUUAAAAAGCCACCAAGUGAAAGUGUCCUGGAUUACUGAUCUUCCUGGCUCAACACAGACACACAUGCACAUGAAAAAGCAGUACUUAUAUCGUUUGAUGACAACAAUGUGUCCGCUAAAAGUACAUAAUCAGCAUUGAAAUUUGUCUUUACAGGCAACUUUUAUUGAGUUUUUCCUGGGAAAACAGUAAAACAAGAAAAAGUAAAGUUGGGUAUUUAGUAAAGUUGCUGUCAAACUUAAAUACUAGCACC